GUCUCUGCGAGACAACUACCUGCGUGGCUCCAUCCCCUCUGAAAUCGGCAACCUCGUCAAUCUCACAUAUCUGGAUCUCUCCAACAACUCCUUCUCAGGCCCCUUCCCCACCUUCUUCAGCAAACUCACCAAGCUCUCCAUCCUGUACAUGUCGUUGAACAAGUUUUCGGGCAGGCUUCCAGAUGCCAUCGGCAACAUGGUCUCUCUCGUCGUCCUGGUCGUGAAGGAAAAUGACUUCACAGGGUCACUGCCCACCGUAAUGGGGCGCCUCACCAACCUCCAGCACUUAGGCGUGUCACACAACCGCCUGUCAGGGACCAUCCCCCAGUCCUUCUCCACCAUGGCCAGCCUUAGCACCAUUUGGCUGCACAACAACAUGUUUUCGGGGUCACUGGCGCCCCUCGCUGCUCUCUCCUACCUCAGCUUCGUCUACCUGUGUUGCAACCGCUUCAACGGGUCCAUACCGUCUACCUUCGGCAGCAGCUUCUUGUACACCUUUGAUGUGUCAGUGAACGACCUCACAGGACCCCUGCCAUCCAGCCUCGGGUUCACCGUAGAUGCUGUCAGCCCAAAAUUCAACACGUCAUUCAACCGCCUCUCGGGGGAAAUCCCCUUUGACUUCAUCAAUGUCAACUUCUACAUUCUCGACAUCUCUUACAACAACUUAUCGGGCCGAGCGUUCUUUUCCAAGCCAAAUGGGGACCGUACUACUAACGCCAUCAAUUACUCGCACAACAGGUUCUCAGGAGCGCUCGACCCCUCCCUCUCCACCCUCACCAACCUCCUCGAGCUGGACAUGUCGGGCAACCUCCUCACAGGGUCCAUUCCAGCCUUCAUCUCACGCCUUACCGACCUCACUAUGCUCGACCUCUCUUCCAACCAGUUCACUGGCACCGUCCCGCCAGCUGUCAGCAACCCCACUGGCCUCGUCAGCAUCAACCUGGCGCACAACCUCCUGCAGGGCUCAAUUCCCCGGGCUCUCUCGCGCCUCGCCUCCCUCACCUACCUCAACGUGUCAUCCAAUCAGCUGUCAGGAGACAUCACACCGGCACUCUCUCCUCUGCGCUCCCUCGAGAUUGUUGACAUCUCAGCCAUCGAAUUGAACGGCUCUGUUCCGCCCUUCUUUCGUCGCAUGCCCAACAUGACCCACCUGGACAUGUCCAUCAACCUACUCUCCGGCUCACUGCCACCCUCGAUCCUCAACCUGCGACAGCUCUCCCAUCUCAAUGUGUCUCGCAACCGCCUCUCAGGCCCUCUGCCCAACGCUGCUGCCAGUCCAGCUCUCAUCAUGUGCGUAUGCCCUGGAACUCCCAUCCCCUUCCCUCUCCCUCCCCUUUCCCUCCUGCACCCUUCCUUUCCUUGUGCGUGUUCUCUCACCCGUCGCUUUUUCUUCUCCCAUUUCCGCCCACCCACGUGUCUCUCUCUCCCUUCUACUCCCAUCCAUGCUCUCUCCCAUGUCUCCCUGAACACGCAUCCAACACGCUCCCAUCCCCUUCGCAGCGACCUCUCAUUCAACGCGCUCUCAGGGCCGCUGGAGAGGCCCCAUAUCAACCUCAAGCGCCUGGCCAUGCUCCCGGCUUCGAUGCUCGUGCUGUCUUUGAGUCGUUUGUGCUCUUCUUGCUUUGCUUGCGUCCCCUGCCCCGCCAUCGUGCAUGCCUCCCCUUCUCGCCCACCCGCCCCCCAUUCCUCCCCCCUGCCUCUCGUCCAUCCCCCAUGCGCCCUCUUGCUUCCCUUCCCGCCCAGCCCCCAUUCCGCUCCUGCUCAGCCGCCCAUCCCUGCUUCCCGUCCCCCCCCACCCUCCCCCUGCGUCCCGCCCCCCCCCACCCUCCCCUACUUUCCGUCCGCGUCCCCCCCCCCCCUGCUUUUCCUCCGCCCAUGCCUGCAGGGCGGUGCACCACAACCAGCUCAGCGGCCCCAUCCCCGAGUACCUCUGCCAAUCCGUGCUGCAGAUCAUGUAACGCCCACACCCUAA